CCAGGACGCGACGGAAUCAUCAAGCUCUGACAGCAAGCCAAGGCAAAGAUGCUCAAGGCUCGCUUGGCAACACGGCCAGCCUUGCGAGCUGCUCGUGUGGCUCAUCAGACGAGACAAUAUGCCGACGUGCCUCUGGCUGUAGAGCAGGUCUCUCGAGCAGGUCCGAAGAAGCGUAGAGGCUUCACUAGACGUCUUGCAACCUACUCUGCCAUUCUUGGCACCGCGGUCUAUACGCUUGGCACCUAUGCCGCCCUUGAGAACGACCGCUGGCAUGAUAUCUUCGUCGAGUCUGUUCCUCUAGGCGAGAAGCUGGUUGCCUACUUCGAGGAGCACGAUGUCUCGUCUGAGCUCGGACAGCUCGGCCCCUACGUCCAAGAUGCAAAGCGGGUCACAGACAAGGUGGUCGGCACGGUCUCGGAUUCAUACCAAAGGACGAUCGGCCAGGUCAAGCAGGCUGCAUCCACCGACUCACAUCCCGCCGGCGGCGGCGUAGAGGACAGACUGACCAAAGCUGCAUCUGAUGUCAAGGAAAGAGCCUCCAAAGACGUCUCGACCGCAGAACGCAAGGCCCAAUCUGCCAAGGCGCGUCUCUCGGAAAAUGCGGACAAUACGGCGGCGCAGGCCAAGGAUGCCGUCCAAGGCGCGAAGAAUGAGACGCAACGGGCUGCACAAGAGGUCAAGGCAAAGUCUUCUGAGCUGACCUCUCGCGCCUCAUCGACGCUCGAUGAGACGAAGAAGAGCAUUGUUGACACUUCGAAAGAUCUCGCCGCGUCUGCAGAAGCAGCACUCGCUUCUGUCACGCCCAAGAUCAGCACCUCACCGAGCGAUAUACUGCCUCCUGCCCCUACGAAGCGGCCUUCUGAUCCCACACGACCGCGAGAAUUGGACGCUUCGCCUCAGGACCUGUACAAGCCACCUGCCGAGCUAUACACAGGCUCACAGCUACCGCUCGGCUUUGAGCCACCGCCCGGCUAUUUCGUACCUGCAGCGCCUAAGCGAGGAGAAGCGCCCAAAGCAAAAGUGCCGGUCGCUGCUCCGCCGCCACCACCGUUACCGCUUGUCGCGCCCGCUGUCAAAGAACUCGCCGAUUCGGAGCCAGUACUGGGUCAAUUGGCGACCACGAUCGAUCAGCUCGCUUCCUUCCUCAGUAGCUCUGCCGGUGCUGCUACUGCCGCUACUACAUCUGCUGCGGGCGGCGCCAAAGACGUGCUCACGACAGCGCAGAUUGAUCUGCAAAACCUGGGCAAUCGACUAGAGACCAUCAAAGCCCAAGAGAAGGCCAAGCUCGAGAGCCAGCUCGAGUCGCAAGCGCGCGACUACUCGAACAAGCUCGUCUCGCAGGAACGUGAACUCAUAGAACGACUUGAAGCGCAAGAGGACGACUGGCGAUCUGCAUUCGAGAGCGAACGCAAAGAGCUCGUACAGGCUUAUCGCUCAAAGCUCGAUUCGGAGCUCGAAACGCAGAAGGACAUCAUCAACCAGAGAUUGAAGGAAGAAGUGAUUGCGCAAGGUAUCGAGCUGCAACGCCGGUGGCUACGCGAGAUCAAGCUCAGAGUAGAGCAAGAGCGCGGCGGCAGAUUGAGCAAGCUUGAGGAGCUCGAGGGCGGACUCAAGAAACUGGAACGCGUCGCGCUCGACAACUCCCAAUAUCUGGAUGAUACACUCAAGAUUCACACCCUCUGGUCUGCCUUGCGAGCUGCUACUUCAACUGCACUCAACAGUAUCGAUAGAAGGCCGAUUGGCGAACAGAUUCGUGCCCUCCAGCACAUUGCUGUGACGUACGACGAGCCUGAAAGCGAGUCCGGCAAAGCGGAUAGUCCACUGUCGGCCGCUCUUGCAUCUUUGCCAGAGAAGACCCUCGAGCAGGGCACCGAGAGUCUGCCCGCUCUCUCAGUCUGGUUCACGGGCAAAGUAGCGCCACAGCUCAAAAAAGCUGCCCUGCUGCCUGACGAGGGCGGUUUCUUGGCCUAUCUCGCCUCUGCACUGUUCUCGAAUCUGCUCAUCACACGACAGGGCCCCACGCCCGGUGACGAUGUGAUGAGCAUCUUGUCGAGGUCCGAGUAUUUCCUCGCCCGUAAGGAUCUCGACAGUGCUGCCCGAGAGAUCAAUCAGCUUCGCGGCUGGCCCAAGAUUCUCGCGAGGGAUUGGCUCGAAGCAGCCAGACGGCAUCUCGAGGUUAAGCAGGCGCUAGAGGUAUCUCCUUUCCGCUUCAAGUCUCGCUUGAGCUCAUGCAGAAGCGAGCAGGUCGCAGAGACAGAAGCCACAUUAGAAUCGCUUCUCGUGCUGUAGAGAUGCACCUG